GUGUCAUGGAGGCUCAGUCGCCGAGCAGCCAUUGAAGGAGAAGCAACUACGGGAGAGUGUGUGUGUGCGCGCGUGUGUGCGUGAGUGCGCGCGCGAGUGUGUGGACAAGGAGGUAGGGGCAGCCGAGUUAAGAGUCCCAAACUCCUUGGACUCCAUUUGCUAUUCUCUUUUCACGCCUGCUCCGAUCUGGUGACGGUGGGCGUUUAUAUUUGCAUUUCUUUUCAUUCAUUUCCCAAUCUUUGAAGAAUUUGGGGUCAGGGGUGGUGGGAGAAGAAGGCAAGGCGAAGGGUAGCAGCCGACGAGUAGGAGGAGGACAUGGAGAUGAAGAAGAGGAUUAACCAGGAGUUAAGGAACAGAGCCCCGGAGGAGGUGACAGAGUUGGUUCUUGAUAAUUGUCUGUGUGUCAAUGGGGAAAUCGAGGGCCUGAAUGAUACUUUUAAAAAGCUAGAGUUUCUGAGUAUGGCUAAUGUGGAACUAAGUUCAUUGGCCCGGCUACCCAGCUUAAAUAAACUUCGAAAGCUGGAACUUAGUGACAAUGUCAUUUCUGGAGGCUUGGAAGUCCUGGCAGAAAAAUGUCCAAAUCUUACCUACCUCAAUCUGAGUGGAAAUAAAAUAAAAGAUCUCAGUACAGUAGAAGCUCUGCAAAAUCUGAAGAAUUUGAAAAGUCUCGACUUGUUUAACUGUGAGAUCACCAACCUGGAAGAUUAUAGAGAAAGUAUUUUUGAAUUGCUGCAGCAAAUCACAUACUUAGAUGGAUUUGACCAGGAGGAUAACGAAGCACCAGACUCUGAAGAGGAUGAUGAUGAGGAUGAUGAAGAUGAAGAAGAAGAUGAAGCUGGCCCACUUGAAGGUUUUGAGGAAGAGGAGGAUGAAGAUGAGGAGGAUGAAGAUGAGGAGGAAGAGGAGGAUGAAGCAGACUCAGAAGUAGGAGAGGGAGAGGAGGAAGUAGGCCUUUCAUACUUAAUGAAAGAAGAAAUCCAGGAUGAAGAAGAUGAUGAUGACUAUGUUGAAGAAGGAGAAGAUGAGGGUGAAGAAAAAGAAGAAGGUCUUCGAGGAGAAAAGAGGAAAAGAGAUGUUGAAGAUGAUGGAGAGGAAGAAGAUGACUAGAUCUUUCGAAGACCAGAUUCCCUAGUGUUCCUGGUGUGCAACAGUGAUCACAUCUUUGUUUCUUCCUGUAUGAUAGCUGUCCCUACAGAAGAUAAUGCGUAACUUUUUAUAGGAAAAGUGUGGUUUUACUAUUUUUGCCUUACCAUUCCAAGUAAGAUUUACUAGUGUAUUAACGAUGAUAUUGUAUGUAGAGAAAAUUUUCCAUUGACUUCAUUAUGAAAUCCCCCUAGCAGUUAAUUUAGCAUCUUAAUUUUUCUAAUUAAAGCGCAUUGUAUUAGUCAUUUUUAGCUCAUAAUUAAACAUGGUUGCUUUUACACAGGUGUAGUAUGGUGCAUUUCAUUCAUAAGGCUAUAAAAUUAUUUAUAAAUUAACUGAAAUCACAGUUGGCUGGAAUGUGAAAUUACAAGUCUCUUGAAUGACAAAUUGGUUAUAUUUUUUAGAGGUAGAUCCAGUGAUCUUUAGUUUGAAGACCAUGAUUUUUGGCUAACGAUUAUAGGGUGCUAUUUUGUCACAUAAAUAACUUGGGAAGUAGGAGCAGAGUAGGUAUUCAGAAUCCUGUUCAGCAAUAUAGUUAAUGAAUUUUGUGGAAACUUCUGAAAUCUUUUAAGCCAGGUGACUAACAAGAUUUUAUUUUUGAAGAAAAAUUGCUUAUACUAAAUAUGUGUAGUUGAGUCCUUUUUCAAGCUGAAGAGCGUUAUAUGCCAAUGGUUGUUUAUUUUGUUUUAAGUGUGUAUUCAUUUCUCUCUCUACAGUUCUUUUAUUAUCACCCUCCUUUCUUUUCUGCUCCUCUCCAGUUCGUGUACACGCGCACGCACGCACACACACAUACACACAUACACACACACACACACACACUUUGAGAAUCUCAAGGAUAUCCAGGAAAACCUUUAGUCUUAUACCUCAACCACCUUUUUAGACCUAUCCCAGUUUCUAAAAAGCUAAGUAAAAGAAAUUUGUAUUUUCAGAGGUACAUAUAUCGUUGUUAAAACAGCUUUAUGCAACAGAUUCUAUAAACUAUAAAUCUUGUUUAACAACAUGUUAAUAAACCAUAUUAAGAUGAAGAAAGAAGCAGAGAGGCCUUUUGAAAGGCACAUUAGUGUUCCUCAACACUCUGGACUUAUUGAUAAUUAGACAUUCAAGUCAAAGUUUUAAGUUGGCUUCUCAAAUGAUUUUGAUAGCACUCUGCAAAGUAUUUCUAACCUUUCUAAGUAGUUCUUACCACAUACAGCAUUUAGUUAGAAUAUGCUGUGUAGUUGGAAAAAUAUUUGAAACUAAAUACUAGAAGUAAGAUUUGUUUUUAAGCCAAUGGCUGUUAAAAACAGAGGGGAAAAAUAUCUGGGACAAGUGUGAGUGUAUGUAGACAAAUACAUCACCCUUUAAUUGUAGAGGAUCUCUGUUCAAGGCAGUUGCUUGUUUAAGCUCAGCUGUCUAUUUUUCCCUUUGUUUUGAGUAUCUAUACAUCUCAGUAAAGUUAACAUCAGCAAAAUUCAUUGAGGUUACCCUUUCAUACUGUACACACAUUUAGGUUACUGAACAUUGUACUGCUUUUUAAGUUUAAAACAUGAUUUGGGGUCUUAAAGUAAACAUUAAAUUGUGGAUGAACUAAAAAGAUACAUAGCUGAAAAGAACUCUUGGGAUGAGUUCAGUGAGGGAUUGGAAUGUCUGAAAGGCUAACAUUUAGCUACUUUAUCAGUUGAAAAGCCCUGUUUUAGUCCUAAGAAUCCUCAUUACACUGUAUUUCAGAUUUUAAGAUACUUAUUUUUUAAGUUAAAUGGACUUACAAUUAAAUUGUGCAAUCAGAAAAAAAAAAAUCUGCUUUGGAAACAACACGUAGAGCCUCCAAGAUAACUUUUUAAGACUUACUUAGUGUUGUGGGUGGUAUUUUUCAUGCAAAUAAGUAAGGGUGGGUUUUAUAUUUUGUAGAAGUUUUGGGUCCUAUUUUAAUGCUCUUUGUAUGGCAGGAUGUAUAUAGUGUGUUAAAUUCCUCAGAGCUCUCCUUAAAAAUCUUUGAAGUUAAUACUUUUGUGCAACUGUGUUUUGAAUAAAGCCAUGACAGUGUUAAAGACAAACAAAAAUGCAGUGCUGAUUAUCUUUUGUUUCUGAAGGAUCUUGUUUUUGUUUUUUUUUCUUCUGUGACUGCUGUAACUUAAAGUUUUCAAGACCAAAUUGCUUCUAAUAAAUUGAAGAUUUGUUGCUAA